AUGAAAAUACUAAAGGGAAACAUAAAAGAGAAGCUUGCAAUUUUGAAGCCGAUCUUACCGUACGGCGUGUUAGAGUCGUGGGAUGAUUUAGAUCCGAAAUUGUAUCACGCCGUGCAUAUUUACUGGUUGAAGUUUUACGGAUUAUGGUAUUACGAUUUCGCUCCGGGAAGCUUCAUGUUCUGGAUACGUUUCCUUUAUACAAUGCUCGUGAUGUGGCUCGUAUGUUUUUUGCCAGGCAUUGGAGAAGUCGUGUAUUUACUCAAGCGGAGAGAUGAUAUCGGCGACAUAGCUGAAGGAUUAUAUUUAUUCCUUAGUGAAAUGUAUACUUACUUCAAAAUGUCAGUAUUUUGGUUGAACAAGGACAAAGUGUUAAAUUUGCUGCAAUAUCUGACAUGCGAGCAUUUCAAGCCCGUUGAGGCGGAACACAAGGAAAUAAUAAAGAAAAGUAUUGGAACAGCACGAUUUCUUAUGACGUUCUACUCUACGAUCUGUGUCGGUGCCGUCUCAGUUGGCAUCAUUAUGCCGCUCACGGAGAAUUUUGAUAUUUUGCCGACGAACGUAGAGUACCCAUUCUUUGAUGUCUACCAAUCACCAGCCUACGGAAUACUUUACUUUCAUCAUGCCUACUACAAGCCGGCCACGUGCAUCAUCGACGGCGUUAUGGACACCAUUCUGGCAGCGUUCAUUGUGUCAGCACUCGGUCAAAUAGAAAUACUGACAUUCAACCUACGUAAUUUCGAUGUAAUAGCGAAGAGGCGACAUAAAAGGGCCCUUGACGGGAACAAACCGGAAGCUUCGUGGUCUAACGAGCGUCACAUACGGGCCGUGCUUAAGGACUGCAUCAUACACCAUAAAAGUAUCAUUAGAUACGUGUCUAUGAUAGAGAGCGCAUUCAGCCUAGCAUCUGCGCUGCAGUUCAUGUUGAGCGUUAUGGUAUUGUGUCUCGUCGGCCUCCAGUUCCUAUCGAUAGAAAAUCCAGCAAGCCAUGCAAUGCAAAUAAUCUGGAUGGCGAUAUACCUUACCUGUAUGUUGAUAGAAGUUUUUAUAAUAUGUUGGUUCGGCGACGAAUUGAUAUGGAAGAGCAGGGGCUUAGUUCAAGCUGCUUUCGAUGGACCUUGGUUGAAAAUUGAGCAAAAGGAUAAAAUUUUCAUUGUCAUAUUUUUGGAGCGAUGCAAACGUCCACUGAGAGUAACGGCUGGUAAAAUUUUUACACUCUCUCUGGAUACAUACACUAUUCUUAUAAACUGGGCUUAUAAGGCCUUCGCAGUAUUCAGCAAAGUGAAGAAAUGA